ACGACAGUUGUCGUAAAUCGCUCACUCGGUGCCAUGGAAACAAGCUCGCGUCCGGAGUGCUGUAUAAAGGCAUGGGGAGCCAACAGCUAUGGACAGCUGGGACUGGGACACGCGGAGGACCAGUCCGCGCCCCGGCUCUCCGCCGGCGCUGGCCCGCAGCCCGGGGCCGUCCAGACGGUGAGCGGCGGCGGGGGACACGCGGUGCUGGUCACCGAGAGCGGAGAGGUGUUCGUCUGUGGACAGAAUCAAAGAGGCCAGCUGGGACUUGGCCACACUUCUGACGUCUCCACUCUUCAGCUCUGCCCUCUCCCACGUCAGAGAGUCACGAACGUAGCCUGCGGUUGGGAUUUUACUCUUCUUAUCACUGAUACUGGUCAGCUACUGGCGUGCGGCUCCAAUGCAUUUGGACAGUUGGGUGUUGGACAGAGAGUCUCACACGCUGCAGAUUUACUGGUUGUUGAGGGUCUGAAGGAAGCAGCAGUGAGUGUAGCAGCAGGACUCAGACACUCCCUUGCAGUUGGUGAUUCAGGCAGCGUGUAUCAGUGGGGAACUGGUCUUUCCAGUCAUGCCAAGAGAGCACUCGGUGCACACCCUGUCCCAUCACAUCUCUGCUCUAAGGUCCCAUGUUUAGUACCAGGUCUGGAUCAGAGGAAAUCACGCCUGGUAACAGCAGGCUCAGCACACUGUGUGUGCCUUACAGAAGAAGGGGAUUUAUUUAUGUGGGGAAGCAACAAGCACGGCCAGCUGACCACCACCGAACCCUUCCUGCCCUCGCCCACACUUAUGAGGCGAGCUCUGUUAAAUGGAGAGAAAGUUAUGAAUGUAUGGAGCGGCUGGACACACAUUAUUGCUCAGACAGAGAGCGGCGCAGUGUUUACAUGGGGCAGAGGAGAUUAUGGACAGUUGGGACGACCGACCUCAUCCGGUCAGGCCGCAGAGUCAGGUGGCUCUGUGGCUGAAGGAAGCAGCCAAACCAGAGCGCUCUGCCUUCCUGCAGAGGUUAAAGUUCUUCACGGAGCAACACAGAUCACGUGUGGAUCAGAACAUAAUCUUGCGAUUGUGGGGGGGUGUCUCUUCUCGUGGGGCUGGAACGAACACGGGAUGUGUGGAGACGGUUCACAGACGGAUGUGUUUCACCCUCGACUCAUCCCUGAUCUGAGGCCUGUUCUCAUUGGCUGUGGAGCGGGACACUCUAUGGCCGUGUGUGGCACGACGGCUGAUUCCAGACGGGCUUCCGGUUCCACUUGAGUCAUCGUGGAGCCGAACGAUUAUUUAGCAUGACAAUCAGAGCAUUUAAAAAAAAAAAGUAGAAUCUGUGGGACUUACCCAGUUACUGCUGAAGUGGCUCGUAGAUGCCUUGUGGAGCCCACAUGCAAUCAAUUAAGUGCCUUAACUGCACUCUAAAGUUCACUUUUUAAAAGGCUACCGAGCUGCUUGAACAGGUCAGUCGGCAGUGCCGUUGUCGUAGAUGCUUUGGUGUGGUCGGGCAUAGCCUGACUUAUUCUUCAAGUGGCAGAGGCCAUCAUCCUUCCACUCAGUCCGUCACUGAGGGACAUGAUCAGGGAGAUGCCUGCGCCACGUCGGUCUCCCUGGUUCAAGCCACAGCAGAUCACAGGACUGACUAGACUGGUUCUAAAGCUCCACCCUCCCAUGUCAGUGGGUUUGAGUGUCAGGAGCCAGGCGGCCUCUGCAUGUAAUCCACAAACAUGUUUACCACCAACACAGGAAAGCAUUUGUUCUGUCGCAUGUGCACAGUCUUGUCAAUCUUUGCCACAUUUAUUUCACUUGUAUGGCUUUUUUAUGUAUUUAAUUCAUUUUGGAAGAAAUUGAUGGACUGCAUCUGACCCACCUGCAUAUUUAUAAGCAGGAGACAUGUGCAGCGCAGCAGCUGCGUCCCAACCGCAGCUCUUAGGCCACUGAUCAACUGGUCAAAGGCAUUGGUGGGAGACAGAAUGACUACUGUUUACAUGUGUGCAAGCCUUUUUUAUUUUGUGGUUUGGAUUUAUGCAAAUCCGAUGCUGAAACAUCUGAACUGCUGGAAGAAUUUUAGCUUGAAAGUAAAAUGAAUCAACACUCGUUAAAAAUGCGUUAUUUCUCUGUCUUUCUUCUUUUAUUUAUUACUAUUUAUUGUACAGG